AUGAAAUACAUCGAAUAUCCCGAGUUGCAGCGGCUGGCUCAGGCUCUGACGCACGAGGGGCCCGAAUGCUCCGUUCAUACGCGCAUCGAAGCGUACAGCUGCAAGAACAUCAAGAGAGACAAGAAACUCUUCAGGUCCCUGGAGAACGCGUACAACGACGAAGUAUCGAGUUCCCCUCCCCUGCCAUCGUGGAUGGCCAUAGACCGCGAGGCUGAAACAACCCCGUUCGGCCCUUUCGAUAAACACUCCUCUAGGAAGACACUGUAUCUCCUCAUAGCCACCCUCAACGUCGCAUUUCCAGACCAUGAGUUCUCCGAUGUCCGCCCCGCCCAUUUCAACAAGGAGGAAAGCGGAGCAAGUGUGCUGAACGCCCUCAGCACAACGCUCGUCGCCCCACAAAGAGGGGGCAUGCGGGCUCCACGGACAUAUGCUCCACCCCAAGCGAUGACCGGAACGCACCCUUCUCUUUAUCGCAUACUGGACGAUGUAAUCGGCUUAGCAGAUUGCGAAGUCUUCUCCUUUGUGCCAGACAUCGAGUCAGACCCCCAUGCCAACGAUUUCUCUGACGACGGAGAUGACAUCGCGCGCCGGGGCACUCUCCUCUGGAGCUCGCAUUGGUUCUUCUUGAACCGGAAGCUGAAACGCAUACUGUUCAUAUCAGUCUGGUCACGCACCAAGGGUCAUGGAUGGUUCACUGAAGAAAGCGAAGGGAUGUCGAGCGUGUCGGAGAAGCAUAGUGCUGAGCGGUUCCUCGGUUGGGAAGGCUCCGUUGGUGCCGGUGCCAGGGCCAUGGGGCUGAGAAUAUGA